AAGUUCAGUGCGAAUCGGUCAUUCGAAUUGAAAAGUUGUGAGUUGUGGUAUAAACGCUUUUUGUGUCAAGAAUUUAGGCGAAGCGUGUGUUUUUGACGUAAUUGUUAAAAAAAAUUUAUAAGGACUACAGAAUUGCAAAAAGCAACAAUCAAAAUAAUAAACUCGGUUGUUUCGGUUUGUCGAGUCCUUAAAAGACGCAGUGGCGCACACAGUUUCCUUAUGACGAAUGUUGCAGAUUUCCAUUUAAAAACUAUUCAUUGCUUUUAAUGCAAAUCGCAGCGCGACGACAUUUUUGGAGCACGGCACAGAUUGAACCCCAACGGAGGCCGGAGUAGGUCAGAUUACUUUUAAAAACAACAAAAAGACAUAUAUAAAUUUUUGAAUGCCAAAUUGGAAUAUUUGAGAAAGAAAAGUGUUAUAAAAAAAUUGCACUAAGGAAACAAACUUGUAUGAAAUAACGCCUUAAAAACAUCACUACAAUUUGCGUAUAAUCUAUACUAUAUCAAUAAUAUUCACGGAACCUGUAAAGUAAAUUAGGCAAAAAUGUUGCCAAAAAUGGGUGGCGUAGGCCUAACUACUUGCGCAGUUCUUCUGUUCUGCAUAUUGAACACCGCCAAUUCCUAUUCAAAAUAUGGACGUGGCUGUCAAGAUAUUGGCUGUUUGCCCAAUGAGGAGUGUGUUAUCACCAGCGACUCUUGUAGCUAUACUCAACGUGAAGGCAAGGAAUGCGGCAAUUAUCCAACUUGCAAGAAGAAGAGCAGUGACACUUCCUCUGCGCCUGUAAAUCCGUCAGCAAGCCAUAGCAGUACACACAAUUCAUAUAAUCCUCCAGCACCUAGUGCGCCUGAUACUGAUCACAGCGGCAACUCACACAGUGGUGGUGGAAAUAGUAAUGGUGGAUAUGGUGGUGGCUUUUCGGCUGGCGGACAUAGUAUGUAUCCUACACUUCCAAAUGCCAAUAAUGGUCCUGCUAAUGGUGGGUACAACCCAUAUGCUGGCGGUUACAAUCCUGGUGCAUAUAAUCCAGCAGCUGGUGGUUAUAAUCCAGCUAAUGGCGGUUACAAUCCAGCUAAUGGUGGUUAUAAUCCAUCUAGUGGUGGUUACAAUCCUGCUGGUGGUCAAUACAAUCCUGGUGGCUACACACCACCUGGCUAUUCACCUCCUGUACCUGGUUAUACACCACCAGCACCUGGCUAUGGUGGUAAUGGCGGCAAUGGCGGUAGCGGCGGUUAUUCACCACAAAAUCCAUCACAAAAACCAAAAGACAAGGAAGGCGGUUUCUUCUCAAACUUCUUAUCAAAUCCAGCAGUCAAUCAAGCAAUAUCUGGUAUUUUAGCUGGACAAAUUUCGAAAACUUUACAAGGAGGUGGUGGUGGCGGUGGAGGUAGUGGCAGUAACUCAAACGGUGGUUAUCAACCAAGUGGUGGUUAUCCAUCUAGCAGUGGUGGAGGCUCUUCAUCUGGCAGCAGUAUAUUAGGUGGUUUACUUGGAAGUGUGCUUUCUGGCGGUGGUGGUCAAAGUGGUUCCAGUGGCAGUAGUGCAAGCAGUUUCCUUGGCAGUCUAUUGGGCGGCGCUGGUGGUGGUGGCGGCGGUGGUUCAGGUGGUCAAGGCAGUGCUAUUAGUGAAAUAUUUGGUUCUAAGAAUUUUGGUGGCUUAUUUAGUGAAAAACCAUCUUCAUCUGGCAGUAGCAGCAGCAGUAAUUCUGCUCCCAACUACAACAAUGGUCCAAAAAGCUAUCCAACACAACCACCAUAUAAUGGCAACUACUACGGCUGAAAAUCUUGACAAUUAAUUUUGAAAAAUUAAGAUACCUUCAGUUUAUUGAUUCUAUAUCAAUUCUAUAUCAAUUUGCACUUGAAAUAAUAUUUUUAUGUUUUAGGUAAUAUGCACAAUUAUAAAAUUAGUUUGUAUUGCGUUAAUAU